UCCCACUGAAAGUGUCGAUUGCAUAUAUCGUCGGGAUCAUCGCCUCUGUGUCCUUCGCUGCGUAUUUCAUCACGAAUUUCCUUCCGAUUUGGUACGCUUCAUGCCCGUACAAGACGCCAUUGUCGCAUUAUGCGUUCCUUCUCUAUGCCUACCUCGCUUACCUCAUAUCCCCGGUCUCUCACGAGUCACCAUCGUCGGAGCCUCAGGCCAUCCAUUCGCUGCGAGACGUUGAGCUUGUAGCUGUAGAGUCCUGUGCAGAUGACAUCGAUGUACAUGCAUUGGCCUGGUUGUUCGGCAUGUCGUCCAACCCUAGUGUACAGAGCAUUGUUGUGCAAUCAACCAGUGCUUUACCGCUGAGAUCAGUGGAGUCUCUAAAACAAUACGUGAAGGGAAUUUUGGUCAUAUGCAAUACCCUCAUUGAACGCAUGCUGGAUCAUCCUCAAGAAAGUGUGCUCGAUCGCCUUGUUCGCACAAGUCUCCGUUUUGACAUCGACGCAUUCGACUGGUGGUCCGUAGACCGAAAAAAGGAAAAGGAUCAAUUUUCUCCAGGGGUCUAUGCGGAGCUUUUGUGUAUCCGGAGCCAGUAUGGUACUUCAAGUCCUGAAGAGGUCGCGGAACUGGUGAAAAAUCAAUUGACUUUUUCCGGACAUGAACAUCUGCAUCUGCAGCCUAUUGUAUGGGCCUAUUUGCUCCAGAGAUUACCACCCUUUGAUGUACAUGAUGGUCUUCUUCAAAUUUUCUUCCAUGCAAUUCCCUCAUCCUACUGGCAUGCGAACUACAUCCUGCCUCCUCUUUUCCUGGCAAGGGACGAACUGAAGAUUUGUUUGACUGGCGACUCCAGAGAUCAUGACGUGGUUGAUCUUCCAACAGCUGUUGAAACGUAUCUGUAUCCCUACAUUGCCGAUGUCAUAUUGCGCCGUUUCGGGGCUGUGAAGGACAGUGUUUUCCAUUCUGAUCCCGCCGACGAAUUUCCCGCACCUCAGGAUCCUCGACUAUACGCACUUUUGACGAUAGCCGGCUCUCCUUCUACGCAAACGGUGUCCAUUGCCGAUCCUUACAUUGAUACUUUUUUUGGAACGGUUAUUCGAGACAUUGGAGUGUAUAUGGGUGUUGGUUCAUCCCGACUAUAUGAUGAUCCAGGGUACGACAAGAUGCCUUCUUUCAGACUAGAUUGCAAUCGCUACGCAGUUCUGAAGCUGCUGUAUACAUUGGUGUUAUCUAAGGACUUCAGUGGCAGCACUUCGAUGCGAAGUGAAGAUCAGAGUAUCUUGUUGGUGAUUUUUCUUCGCGUACUCAAAUCGACGUUUCCUCGACCUCGAUUUCUUCCUGACUCGGAGGACUGGUACACCCCAUACAUGGCUUCUAACUUUGUCCGAAUCGCGUUCCAGGAUAAUCCAUGGAUAACUCGAUCUGGACCCACAUACCUCUCUCACUUUAAACCGGCAGCAGAACUUGCUACUUUUUUCUUCCAGUUUCCCCCCAUCAUAAAGGAGGUCUUUUCUCAUGUCGUUUCACGGCGCCUUCUUGACCAGAUAUCGGCCAACCGACAUAACGCUUAUCUGGAACUCUCAGAUGCUCUGCCGAUAAUCUUUGAUGCCUUUAUCACCGGGCUGGCAUCAAACUCUGGGAUCUCCCAAAUGUCCAUUGACUACCUAUUUGAAUCCGACAACCUCUUCAGGGCUUGUACAGCACUUGUUUCAUGCGACAAAGCUGACAGCCUCCGUCGUCUCGCCCUUCUUCGUCCAGCAAAUGAUCCCGCUUGGCCCGAGUGCCUGCAGAAGCUCGACACCGUUUCUGAGCGUUUUGAAUGGCCGAGUUUCAUGGAGAAGCAUGCUCGUACUAUCGCAGACUUCAGGGAAUUCGUUGAAGGAGGUUGUGUGGGAGACUUUGGGGGUGGGUAUCCACCGGGACGAGCUCCGGAUAAAGAGAAGCAUCUGAUGGGUUUACGGCUGAUGAUGAAGUCGCCACAAAAGCAUUGGCAUCGGCUGCGGCGGCCUCGCAGUAGUGGGGUGACAGCGGAGGGAACGAUGCAUAAUGGUAGCAAGUGUGAAUAG